UCCAAGGCCUGCAGCGCCGUGGGCCGCCUUGCCCUUCUGCGCCUGCGCGCGGCGCCGAAGGGACGGGGCUGGACUCAGAAAUGGCGGCGUCCAUGGUCUACAGCCGGCUGUUGGCCGCCGCCACCAUUCGGAGCCACAGGCCUCGGACGGCGCUGCAGGCUGCUGCGCAGGUUCUGGGAAGUUCUGGAUUGUUUAAUAAUCAUGGACUCCAAGUACAGCAGCAGCAGCAAAGGAAUCUCUCACUACAUGAAUACAUGAGUAUGGAAUUGUUGCAAGAAGCUGGCGUCUCCGUUCCCAGAGGACAUGUGGCAAAGUCCCCAGACGAAGCUUAUGCAAUUGCCAAAAAAUUAGGUUCAAAAGACGUUGUGAUAAAGGCACAGGUUUUAGCUGGUGGUAGAGGAAAAGGAACAUUUGAAAGUGGCCUCAAAGGAGGAGUGAAGAUAGUUUUCUCUCCAGAAGAAGCAAAAGCUGUUUCCUCACAAAUGAUUGGGAAAAAGUUGUUUACCAAGCAAACAGGAGAAAAGGGCAGAAUAUGCAAUCAAGUUUUGGUGUGUGAGCGAAAAUAUCCCAGGAGAGAAUACUACUUUGCAAUAACAAUGGAAAGGUCAUUUCAAGUUGCACAGAAGAUGGGAUUUCCAACUAAUAUUGUGGAUUCUGCGGCAGAAAACAUGGUCAAGCUUUACAGCCUUUUUCUGAAAUAUGACGCAACCAUGAUAGAAAUAAAUCCGAUGGUAGAAGAUUCAGAUGGAGCUGUACUGUGUAUGGAUGCAAAGAUCAAUUUCGAUUCUAACUCAGCCUAUCGCCAGAAGAAAAUCUUUGACCUGCAGGACUGGACCCAGGAAGAUGAAAGGGACAAAGAUGCAGCGAAGGCAAAUCUCAACUACAUCGGCCUCGAUGGGAAUAUAGGCUGUCUAGUAAAUGGUGCUGGUUUGGCUAUGGCCACAAUGGAUAUAAUCAAACUUCACGGAGGGACUCCAGCCAAUUUUCUUGAUGUUGGUGGUGGUGCCACAGUCCAUCAAGUAACAGAAGCAUUUAAGCUUAUCACUUCAGAUAAAAAGGUAUUGGCUAUUCUGGUCAACAUUUUUGGUGGAAUCAUGCGAUGUGAUGUUAUUGCACAGGGUAUAGUCAUGGCAGUAAAAGAUUUGGAGAUUAAAAUACCUGUUGUGGUACGGUUACAGGGUACACGAGUUGAUGAUGCUAAGGCUCUCAUAGCAGACAGUGGUCUUAAAAUUCUUGCUUGUGAUGACUUGGAUGAAGCUGCUCGAAUGGUAAAUGAGCUAUGUUAA